AUGGAGUUUGUUCUAUUGAAUGCUUCCUCAAAAUCUGCUGCACUCUUUUCCAUGAUUGCUUGGUGUGUAUGGCAGCGUCGAAAUAGAAUUAGAGAGAAGCAACCAACGUGGGAAGUAGUGGAUAUUGUGAAAAGAGCCGCAGAGCUUCUCCAGGAGUUCCAUGACGUUCAGAAACAGUCACCUAGGAAUAUAAUUCAGAGGGAUGAGACUUGUUGGAAGCCUCCUAAUCCUGAAAUUUAUAAGAUAAAUUUUGAUGGUGCUAUUUUCAAAGAUUCAGAGCUAGUAGGUUUAGGUGUGGUCAUUAGAGACUCCGCAGGACUUAUUAUUGCAGCUCUCAAUCAGAAGAUUUGCCUCCCAAGUUCAUUGGAUUUGGAAGAGGCCAUGGCAGCAAGUCGAGCUCUUAGUUUUGCUCGAGAAAUUAGUAUUUUUCAGGUGGAAGUGGAAGGGGACUCACUCAAGGUCAUUCAAGCAGUUAAUAAGCUCAGGCCUCGUACAACUAUGUUUUGGCACAUUAUUGAGGAGAUUCAAGUAGUUAAAAGUUCUAUGGUCUUUUGUAGUUUCAAUCAUGUUAAAAGGGGUGGGAAUAAGCUUGGCCACACCCUUGCGAAAAGAGCAGUUUUAGCUGUAAAUACUGAUGUGUGGUUAGAAGAUCUACCACUAGAUUUGGAUGAUAUAUUCCAAUAUGAUUUACAACAAUAA